AUGGCUUCGGUCUGGCGCCGAACAGGCGUGCUGAUAAGUAGUGUAGCACUUUACGCAGGGGUGACUUUCACCACAUAUAUAACACUUUACGAUCCCAAGAAACACAAUGCCAUUGGGACUGCUCCAGAAAUAACCGAUGCGAGACGCUUGCAGAUAUUUGACACGAACGCGUCCAAAUACGACAAGAAGGUGAACUGGGAUGAACGACUCACCGGAAUUUCGCUAAUGCGGCGCUUUCUGCUGCGAAAGGCUGAUGGUCAAGUAUUAGAGGUGGCGGCUGGGACUGGUCGAAACUUACCUUUCUACCGUGCAGCCACCCAGGUGACGUUGACGGACUUUAGCCAUGGAAUGCUUGACCAAUUAGCAAAGACGCAGCAGCAGCGGUUGGCAAGCUGCGAACUCAAGAUCAUGAGUGCCGACAAUUUGUGCUUCGAAGACGACCGAUUCGAUACUGUGGUUGACACUUUUGGCCUCUGCAGUAUGGACAAUCCUGUGCGCGCGCUGCAGGAGAUGCAACGUGUAUGCAAGAAGGAUAGUGGUCGCAUAUUGUUGCUGGAACACGGGCGGAGCAACUAUGUGUGGCUUUCAGGUAUAUUGGACAAAUUUGCAGACCUUCAUGCUCAAAAGUGGGGAUGCCAUUGGAAUCGGGAUAUUUUAGCACUAUUAGAUCAGGCUGGACUGGAGGUGGAGACUCUGUAUCGCUUUCAUUUUGGCACAACGUAUUACAUCGUAGCAAAGCCUAUGUCUUUUGAUCGACGACGAGUUGAAAAAAGUUGA